AUGUAUGCUGGAAAACCAUGGGGCGCGGAUGAACGAACUUAUCUGUUUAUGAGUUCUUUUUCUUUUCCCGCUUUUUUAAGAACGAUAUUUUCCUUCUCUCUCUUUUCUUCCGAUAUAUCUUUUAUGAUCUUGCUCAGGAGCUUCUAUUCCUUUCCACUUGAUUCUAUCCAGGAAUGCAUCUGUGAUUUUUGUAUGGAAGAUUUUUCCUUUUCGAAUUCGUCGAUUCUUGAGCUGCAUGCGGCGAACGGAAUCGAAAUUAGCGUUUUUUCAAUUGACAUGAGCCGAGCCGCUACUCAGUUUUUUUCGAACAAUCGUGUCGUGGUUCGUCCGUUCGCUCCAGCUGCUGCUGAUUGUUGCGGCUACAGGCGUGUUUGUUUGUUCACUGCUGUGAUGAGAAGGGAAGGGUGUCUUUUUUCAUACAUCAGUCUGUUCGUAUCUAUCUAUCUAUCUAUCUUAAUAUGUUCAUUAUCUAUCUAUCUAUCUAUCUAUCUAUCUAUCUAUCUAUCUAUCUAUCUAUCUAUCUAUCUUAAUAUGUUCAUUAUCUAUCUAUCUAUCUAUCUAUCUAUCUAUCUAUCUAUCUAUCUGUUUGUACAUAUCUAUCUAUCUAUCUAUCUAUCUAUCUAUCUAUCUAUCUAUCUAUAUAUAUAUAUAUAUAUAUAUAUAUACAAAAGACUCUUUCUCUCGUCACAACUCUCUUCUAUCGAGAAAGAGAGACAACAGAAGGCUAGUGUGAGAGAGAUGGUAACAGACGAAUCUCUCUCUCUCUCUCAUGCUCUCUUUUUCUCUCUCUCUCCCUCUUUCACUCUCUUGCUCAUUCUUUUUUUCUAUCUUUCUCUCUAUUUCAUUAUUAGCCACGAAGCUUGCAGUAUCAACCCAGGAACCACGUUAAGCCUGCCAGAUAUGUCAUGUGUUCCUUUCCCUUAUCUAUCUUUCCCUCUCUUCGACCUCUUGACCAUAUCAUUUUUCACGGAUAAUCACCUGCUCAUUAUCUAUCUAUUUAUCUAUCUAUCUAUCUAUCUAUCUAUCUAUCUAUCUAUCUAUCUAUCUAUGUCAGUUCAUAUCUAUCUAUCUAUCUAUCUAUCUAAUAAGAUUAAGAAUACAACUGAAAUAAAUAAUCUAUUUCUUAUCUAUCUAUCUAUCUAUCUAUCUCAGUCUAUUUCUUAUCUAUCUAUCUAUCUAUCUAUCUCAGUCUAUUUCUUAUCUAUCUAUCUAUCUAUCUAUCUCAGUCUAUUUCUUAUCUAUCUAUCUAUCUAUCUAUCUCAGUCUAUUUCUUAUCUAUCUAUCUAUCUAUCUAUCUGUUGA